GGGACCUCCCAGCGACCACUGCAGCCUGAGGACGAGGCCGGGGACUUGGCCAAGCGGAUCCUAAUAAGGGGAAAAUGACUUUGUGGGGAAGAAAAUCUCGGUUUAGUUCUCUCUGGGAGCCUGAGGGACGCUGGCGGAGGAUUGUCUCCAGGCUGAAAGCUCCCAGAGCCCGGCGCCUCAAAGGUCAGGGUGUGGUUCCUGAGAGAGCCAAGGCUCCAGUAGCUCGUGGGAUGCGGAGGGCCUCGGAGUCCCAGCCAAAGGACCUAAGGAGAGGGUAGCUACGGGCCGCAACCACCCUCCGGGCUCGGGGUCUGCCCAGCUGCGUGGCCUUGCGGCCCUCGCAGCUCUUUUCACCAGCUCUUCUCGGGACACUUGGGCUAUAUCUUUGCACCGGUUAGGUUAUUUUCCCUUGGAAGAGAUGCCUGAGAACCAGGGAAAAUCGACUCACCUUCCCCGAUGCCCAGUACUAAAUUAAUCAGCCCGCGCCCCUACCCCUUGCCCGGGACUGGCCCUCUUGGGCGCGUUCUGCCUGGUGUGUGCAGGGAAACUGCUUCUGUGAGCUGGCGCCAGGGCGCUCUGGCUUCCCUCGGCGUGCGUGUCCUCCCUCCGACCAAGCCUUUCCUUCCGCCGGCGGGGCCCGGUGGCCCAGGCGGGGGACUCGAGUGGAGCAGGCAGGCCGAGCAAGCCCCGGGAGACCGGCUGGCCUGUAGCGCAGAGCUCUGGGCGGGUUGUCUCUAGCGCGCACUAUCACAGGCGCGUAGUAGAUGUCGCUGUUGUCCGUGCUUACGCGGCCGGCCGGCCGGGCUCCGGAACACGUGAUCUGCAAGGAGGCUGCGGCUCAAGGCCAUUUUCAAAUCUCAUUGGCUUGGUUGUCAUGUGGUCGGCAGAGGCAUCCACAAUUACACGGGGAAUGUUUUCCUAGAGAUGUCAGCCUACAAAGGACACAAUCUCUCUUCUUCAAAUUCCUCCCCAAAAUGUCCUUUCCCAACAGCUCUCCUGCUGCUAAUACUUUUUUAGUAGAUUCCUUGAUCAGUGCCUGCAGGAGUGACAGUUUUUAUUCGAGCAGCGCCAGCAUGUACAUGCCACCACCUAGCGCAGACAUGGGGACCUAUGGAAUGCAAACCUGUGGACUGCUCCCGUCUCUGGCCAAAAGAGAAGUGAACCACCAAAAUAUGGGUAUGAAUGUGCAUCCUUAUAUACCUCAAGUAGACAGUUGGACAGACCCGAACAGAUCGUGUCGAAUAGAACAACCUGUUACACAGCAAGUCCCCACUUGCUCCUUCACCACCAACAUUAAAGAAGAAUCCAAUUGCUGCAUGUAUUCUGAUAAGCGCAACAAACUCAUUUCUGCUGAGGUCCCUUCGUACCAGAGGCUGGUCCCCGAGUCUUGUCCCGUUGAGAACCCUGAGGUUCCUGUCCCUGGAUAUUUUAGACUGAGUCAGACCUACGCCACCGGGAAAACCCAAGAGUACAAUAACAGCCCCGAAGGCAGCUCCACUGUCAUGCUCCAGCUCAACCCUCGUGGCGCGGCCAAGCCGCAGCUCUCCGCUGCCCAGCUGCAGAUGGAAAAGAAGAUGAACGAAACCGCGAGCGGCCAGGAGCCCAACAAAGUCUCCCAAGUGGAGAGCCCCGAGGCCAAAGGCGGCCUUCCCGAAGAGAGGAGCUGCCUAGCUGAGGUCUCCGUGUCCAGUCCUGAAGUGCAGGAGAAGGAAAGCAAAGAGGAAAUCAAGUCUGAUACUCCAACCAGCAAUUGGCUCACUGCAAAGAGUGGCAGAAAGAAGAGGUGCCCUUACACUAAGCACCAAACGCUGGAAUUAGAAAAAGAGUUCUUGUUCAAUAUGUACCUCACCCGCGAGCGCCGCCUAGAGAUCAGUAAGAGCGUUAACCUCACCGACAGGCAGGUCAAGAUUUGGUUUCAAAACCGCCGAAUGAAACUCAAGAAGAUGAGCCGAGAGAAUCGGAUCCGAGAACUGACGGCCAACCUCACCUUUUCUUAGGUCUGAGGCCCAUGGGAGGCCAGGAUCCGAGAGGGGGCACCGUGUUCCAGGCCCAAGUGCUGGAGGACUGGGAAGGCGGAAACAAAAACCUUCAUUGCUCUUUGUUUUUUGUUUUGUUUUGUUCUAUUUUCCUGCUAGAAUGUGACUUUGGGGUCAUUCUGUUCGUGCUGCAAGUGAUCUGUAAUCCCUAUGAGUAUAUAUAUAUAUAUAUAUUAAAAACUUAGCACGUGUAAUUUAUUUUUUCAUCGUAAUGCAGGGUAACUAUUACUGAGCAUUUUCCAUUUGGGUCUUAACUUAUUGGAACUGUAGAACAUCCAUCUAACCAUCCAUCCGUCCAUUUAUCCAACCAGCAAUGUGACUUUUUCAUGUUUUCCUAACACAAAAGUUCUCUGUGUGUGGUUAGAUCAUGAACUCAUGGCAUUUUAAAACAUCCAGUACUUUUAAAAUUACAUAUAUAUUUAAAAAGAAAGAUUAAAUCAACCCACAAGCUUUGGGGGGAGGGGAACUUAAAAAGCACAUUACAAUGUAUCUUUUCACAAAUGAACUUAGCAAUUGUCCUUGGUGAAAUGGAGUAUUGAUGACUUAUGCCUUGUAGCCUCUCCUUUAUGGUGCAUCUGUGGUUUGGUAGAAGUACAGCAACCUGUCCUUUCUGUGCAUGUUUUGGUAGCAUGUAUAAUGCAAUAAACUCUGAAAACGAGUU